GCGUAAGGUUGUAGGGAAAGUGGGAGAGGUUUCCGCUGAGGGUGGGUGUUUUGUCCUCUGAUCUGACUGAAGGCAGGAAGGAAACAAUUGAUUCGGACUCGACGCAAUGGUGAUCAAGAUCGAUUGAGGUGUCACGGUGUCUGUGAUCAUUUUAGUGUCGUUUCUUUAUUUUUAAACAGGUACAUUUACUACAUAUAAACAUGUCUGGAUUGUUUUCCUCGGAUGCGUUUGGCUUACGUUUCCUUUGCUGGAUGACUGUGAUUCUGGAUUACCGUGUACUAAGUAAUGGCCAACUGGAAAACCUCCGCCCCCUUCGAGGCGUCUUCCAUGGAAUCAACGGUUCCAGGAGGUUUUCCGCUGGAAAUUUUUCGCGAGAGGAAACUAGCAGCCUAUUGCUGGCGAUGGAGGAGAACGCCCAGAAAGCAUUGCAGGAAGGAUACCGAAGGAAUCAAGAGAUCCUGUCGCAGGAGAGUCUGGAGGGUGAACGAUUCAGAACAGGAAUGGAGCACCUGGAGCAGAGCAGCAAAUUCCUCUUCUCCUUCAGGAGAGCAGAACCUGAGGCCAAGAAGGCUUCGUCUUGUAUGGGACGAUCGAUGCUGGAGGCCACCAAAUAUAUCAUUAGGACGUUUAACCUAACUACGCCGGACACCAUCGAACUUCUGUCUAUAUUGAAUUCCUUGGUGAACGAGCAGCUCUGCAAAGACUUGAUGCCCAAAGGAUGUAAACCGGAGCGAGUCCUGCGGUGCUCAGCCACAGAGCCCUACCGAUCAAUUGACGGAUCCUGCAAUAACCUGCAACAUCCCAAGUGGGGGUCCGCCAUGAUUCCGUUUGUCCGGUUUCUUCUGCCUGCGUAUGAAGAUGGUGUGGACUCCAUGCGUGGGCACAACAGAAGCGGUACCAGCAAACUACCCUCUCCCAGGCGGGUCAGCUGGGAGGUGAAGAGUGCUGGUCGCCGACCCCUUUUGCCUCAUGUGAGUCUUAUGGUAAUGCAGUGGGGACAGUUCAUAGAUCAUGAAGUCGUCCACACGCCAGAGGCUGCAAGAGAGAACGCCAAAGGAGAGACGAUGCCCUUACACUGCUGCUUAGACGGAGAACCUGACCCAGAUGUCUGGGAUUCUCCAGAAUGUCAGCCAAUCGAUGUGUCUAGUGACCCUCUUUUCUCCAGCUACAACAGGACCUGCAUGAGAUUCGUUCGAUCUCUCAUAGCAAGCAAAGGAUGCACUUUUGGUCCUCGCGAACAGCUUAACCAAAUCACGGCCUAUCUCGAUGGUUCGGCAGUAUAUGGAUCCACUCCUGAUGUAGCUCGAACACUGCGGUCCUUCAAAGGGGGUCACCUUCACAAAGUUCACGGCAACUUGCCCGUUAGUGGUCACCUGCUUCCUGAAGUGGGAUGCCCACACUCAAAUGGAUUCUGUUUUAAGGCUGGUGACGAACGAGUAAACGAGCAACCUGGUCUAGCUUCUAUGCACACGCUUUGGCUCAGAGUUCACGAAGGGAUUGUCAAGCAAUUUUCUUAUCACAAUCCUCACUGGAGCGAUGAGACCCUCUAUCAGGAGUCAAGAAGAGUUGUAUCUGCCCUCAUCCAACAAAUCACUUACAAGGAGUUCCUACCAGUGGUGCUUGGAGACUCGGUCAUGUGGGAUUUCGACCUGUACCCUUCAUCUUACGGCUACAAAGACAAUUACGACCCUAACAUCGAUGCUUCCAUCGCCAAUGUCUUCGCCACAGCUGCGUACAGGUUUGGCCAUACCCUGGUUAACGACUUCUUGAAGAGUUCAGGGCUGAACAUCCCACUGUUGGGUAGUUUUAUGAGGACCAAUAUCCUGCACCAAAAGCGCACGCGACCAUCAGCUCUUCUGGAAGGACUGGUCAACGAGCCAUCUCAGGCAGCCGAUACUUAUCUGGUGCAUACACUCACCGACAAACUCUUUGCUGGGCUGGACGAACCUGUUGGGCUCGAUCUCAUGGCACUCAACAUCCAGAGGGGCCGUGAUCAUGGACUUCCUCCUUACAACGCUUGGAGAGCCGCCUGCGGUCUCUUCCCAUAUCUCAACUUUGCCGACCUGGCUUCAGAUAUGGGCAGUUCUGUAGCAGAGGCUUUUCGGAAGGUUUAUGGAUCUGUGGAAGACAUAGACUUGUUUCCAGCUGGACUAGCAGAGAAAUCCGUUAAUGGGGGCCUUUUGGGACCAACGUUCUCCUGCAUUCUUGGCCAACAGUUUUCGAAUCUAAAAACUGGUGACAGAUUUUGGUACGAGAGGGAAGGCCAGCCCAAGCCUUUCACACCAGAUCAACUUAUUUCCAUACGAAACCAGACACUGGCGUCUGUCAUGUGCCAUCACACUGAUCUUCAGUUUUUGCCACCAAAAUCUUUUUAUACAACAAACUUACCGGGAAAUAGGCAACUAUCCUGUGCGUCUUAUCCGAAGUUGGACACAAGAUUAUGGAAAGAAGCAAAGGAAGAAUUGACAAGUAACGAGAUAAACGGAUCCCAGACAGCACCAGUAACCUGCAAAGGCGUCGGUUUAUGGAAAGCACUGCCGGGUAUCGACGACUGGUGUAAAAUCAACUGCUUUCACGUACCUUCCUUCUGCCCAACCUCUCAUUGUUAUUGCGCGGUCUGACGUUCCUUUUAAGCACACUCUCAUAUGUCAUUCACCAGUAAUGGUAUCUUCUAGCCGAAAUGAAGCAGCGCUGCACGCUUCAAAACGCUUCAUUGCAAAGCACCGGAAUUUUGAACAGUCAACCUUAAUCGACGCUGUGGUACAGGACUUCGCUGUUGGUUGCUACAGAAAACUGUAGAACAACAAUACUAAUGAUUUCUCCCCUUGCCCACAGAAAAUGUAGAGGCACGUUUCCCGUCUUCUAUUUCAUGUCUCGAAUACCAAAAUGGAUGUGUGGUUAUUCGUAUCAGUAGAGAAAUUCUAUUUAAUGAGGGCAUUAUCAUUAAUUCAUGUGCAAUUCGGUGCAUUUUUUUUUCAGUCGAUAUAUGAAUCAUUUGUAAAUAGAUACUCUCAUUUCACAAUAUACUUUGUUGUAAGUUAUUUUAAAAGGAAAAGAGAGAGGAGGAACAAUCGUACUCGACAUUAGGUAAGAGAUUCUGCUUGACAAUUGCAAAAGGGGCUUCCGAGUAGUAUAUUUAAUCCAAAAUUUUAUCUCGCAUCUUUCCCAGUUAUCCACUUAUCAAUUCAUCGAUUAACCCAUUUUAAUAUAAUCUUGUUUAUUCGGAUUAUGAAGCUGAUGUAUGUAACUUAUUACAUUAAAACAAUGAUUUGAAAAUAAAUAUAGUUUUCUCUUGAAAGAGGUUUUUCUGCUUUUUUAUCCUUCAGGAUUGUUUAGAUUAACAAUUCUUCCUUUA